AUGCACACCUUUUACACAACCCUCGACUCGUUCAACCCGACGGACGCGCAAACAACUUCUCUCCUAACCCUUCUUCCCAACUCCGCCCGCGCCCGGAUCCUCCGAUACAGACGACAGGAAGAUCGACACAGAUCGUUACUAGGCUGGUUGUUGCUGUUCAGAUGGAAAGAAACCGCUGGGUUCGCAGGGAGGGUAUUGGAGGAUCUGGUCGGGGUUGGGGAGGGAGGGAAACCGUUCUUUAAACCGACUGGCGAACCCAGUACUCCAACCCACGUAGACUAUAACAUCACGCACGAUGAGAACCUGGUCAUGUUCUCAGUCAAGACCUACCGUGACUCGAACCGCUCCCCUUCACCUACCUCUCCAGUCCCGGAGAACACUUCUGAGCACAUUAGCAGGAGCGACAACAUGAAGAAGAAGAGGAAUCGUCAGGCCCCGAUGAUCGGGGUAGACUGUAUGCGUCUGGAUAGGGAAGUAAACGAGUUGAAAGCGCUCGACGAGGUCUUGUCCGAUCAGCUCGGGGAGCACGAACAACGCUUCAUUCCGCACUUCAAAGGUCCUACCCUCGACAUAUCUCCAUAUGCGGACAACUCGUUGAGAGAACGGAUGGAUCACCUUUUGACGCUAUGGACGGUCAAGGAGGCGUAUACCAAGAUGUUAGGAUGCGGACUGAGCAUGGACUUUCAGACGGUUCAGGUGAUCUUUCACGAUUCGCUCCAGAGGUUGUUGUUCACCCCGCCGACGGGGACGGAUACCGGGAGCUCAUCGAAUUCCGACGUGAAGACGACAUCAACAUCGACACCGACCGAACAAAUCGACUCCCGAUAUAACCAGCGAAAGAGAUGCCACCUUUGCGAUCCCGCUGCCAUGUCCAUCCACCUAGACGGCCGGGACCUAAAACAGACAAGUUCGGGGCUCUCGUACCAGCUGCACGCCCGGUUGGGCAAGAUCACCACCGAGCUUCGGCGCUGGACCCAUUCCGACGAUAGCAGGGAUGACAAUAGAAACCGGAAGGGCACUCAGGAAUACGUCUGGGCUUGCGUUUGGUAUGCCGAAGCAGGGGACGGGGUGGAUUGUGAAUCUUGGUCGUUGACACGGGUCGAUGCGGACGAGUUGUGUGCGCUUGCAUCGGAAACGACGUGA